CCCCCCCCCCAGCAGGAAAUGCCACCCUAGGCCGCGCUACUCUGCAGUGUUUAUGCAGGCAUGGACUAAGCGCGAUGAAAGAUCAGCGUGUAGAGUUGAUGUCCUCAAUAACCCUCAAUAGAGGCUCAGAGUCUUUUCAAUAAGACCUCAAUAGUGAUGGGUUUGGCCAUGUACAGGGCUGCCAUAAAGGGUGUGUUGAUGUGCGUCUAUGAGAGCCGGAUCUGGAAGUUUCAGCUCCCUUUGUAUAUAUGUGUUCUGGGGUUGGGAUGGGAGACGAGGGUUGAGAGGGAAGAGGCUGCUGGGCAUAAAUGGGACAGAGAUCUCUGCUACGACGAUGGUUGUGCUGGGAUUGUUUUCAACAUACUCUUUACAAACUGUUACUUCUUCUGACAACUGAUACUACUUGAAAUAUCAAACCAAACAAGCCCCACACCAUGAAGUCCGCUACUAUCCUUGCCCUCUUCACCCUCCUCACUCCCAUGGCCCUCGCCUUGGAGCCCAUAUACCACCACCUGAACCCCCUCUCCUCUGGCUACCUGGAAGGCCUCAAGACCACCGAAUUCGACGGCAUAGAAGGCUACAACACCACCGAACUCGAAUGGGAAAUCGAAGUCGACCCCCGCACCGGCAAGACGAUUGUCGCCCGGGGCACCGUCGAGCAAAUCCGCGAGGAAGCCCUCAAGCACAACCCGCACUGGGACGCGCACUAUAUCGAGCCGGCAAGGCAGAGGAUGAAGCGAGCAUUGGAGACGGGUUCAUACGACGAGCUCGAGGCUCGCUUUCGCUCCGCCGACUCUGAACUCGAAUCCGACUCCGAGUCGGGAUCUCACCUCGCCAAGCGAAAGAUAUUCAACCUCGCGGCGCUCGACUGCGGUGGCCGCUGGAAAGAAGUCAACUGGGACACGGCGCUACGUAACACUGUGUACCUCAGCGGCUUGAAGGGGUACCCGAAGCGCGGGGCUGGUCCAGGCAAUUGUGGGCGGGUGAGCUGUUCGUACAAUACCGCUAUCUGGUGGUGCAAUGAUGAGCCCUUCACCAAGACUCUCAUGGGCUACGACCGUAUCUACCAUGGUGCGUUGGAAAUCGUCAGCCCGUGCAGCCACACGCCAUUCGGUGGUAGCCGAAAGACGAGUGGGCAGGCGUUUCCCACUGGGGGCUGGAAUGUCAUCGUUCGGAAGGACAAAUGCUAG